UCAUAUAACUGCAAUUUCCUUGAGUUGCAUCAUUUUCCGUAAGGUCUUGUGUCUUGUUCAGGUGGACAUAAUAUUUUAGCUGAUCACUUGAUAUUUGUUCUUAUUUUAGUAUUCAUUAUUUUAGAGCUGUAAAGACAUUUUAUUAUUAUUCAGCAUGGCAGUGAAUGGCCAUUAUUAGAUCAGUGGUUGGUGUGAUACUUAAACAGCCUCUUGUGACAGGAGAUCGUUUCAUUUCUUUCCGAUUUUUACACACCUCAUCGUAUAGUCUCAAUAAUAUCAGGAGAUUCAAAGAGAGAAUGGCUGCAAAAUCCAAAAAUGUCCAGCCCCCUUGGAGUCCCCCUGAGGGGACAGAGGUCCCUAAGUUAAAGCUGUACAACAGUCUAACCAGACAGAAGGAGGUGUUUGUGCCCCAGAGUGGGCGUCGGGUCCUGUGGUACAGCUGUGGCCCCACGGUCUACGAUUCUUCCCACAUGGGCCACGCCCGGUCCUUCAUUUCUAUUGACAUCCUGCGGAGAGUCCUACAGGACUAUUUCAAUUAUGAGGUCUUCUAUUGCAUGAACAUCACAGAUAUUGACGACAAGAUCAUCAAAAGAGCUCGCCAGAACCACCUGUAUGAGCAGUACCUCACUAAGAACCUGGCUCUCUCCAAGAUCUUGGAAGAUGUUGAGUCUGCUAUGAAGCCAUUUAUUGUAAAACUGGAAAAAGAGGAAGACCCAGACAAAAAAGGCAUGUAUGUAAAAAUCAAGGCCAAAGUUGAGAAAGCCCUGUCCGAGGUCAAGGCCAGUCAAGAUGAAGGUCAAAGUAGAGAGAGACUGUGCGUAGAUGGGAAGGAUGUGCUCUGUGAUUGGUUGGAUAAAACUCAUGGGUCAGAAGUCACGGACAACUCCAUAUUUGCCAGACUUCCUCAGUUUUUUGAGGAAGACUUUCACAAAGACAUGGAAUCUUUGAAUGUUUUGCCAGCAGAUGUCCUGACUCGGGUCAGUGAGUACGUCCCAGAAAUUGUCGAGUACAUCAAGAAGAUCAUGGACAAUGGAUAUGGGUACGAGUCCAAUAGGUCUGUAUACUUUGACACGGCCGCCUUCAAUGCAGCAGAGGGUCACAGUUACGCCAAGAUUGUCCCGGAGGCUUAUGGGGACAAGGCUGCCCUGAAUGAAGGAGAGGGAGAACUGACGGUGUCUGCAGAGAGACAGGAGGAGAAGAGGAACCCGACUGACUUUGUCCUGUGGAAGGCCUCCAAGCCUGGCGAGCCCUCCUGGGACUCACCCUGGGGAAAGGGACGACCAGGCUGGCACAUUGAGUGCUCUGUCAUGGCCAGCAGUAUACAAGGAGAAUCUCUGGAUAUCCACACGGGAGGAUUCGAUCUCAGAUUCCCUCACCAUGAUAACGAGCUCGCUCAGGCAGAGGCUUACUUCAACAAUGAUCACUGGGUGAGGUAUUUCUUGCAUGCUGGCCAUCUGACCAUCGAAGGCUGCAAGAUGUCCAAAUCUCUCAAGAAUUUCAUCACCAUUAAAGAUGCACUAAAGAAGCACACCGCGCGACAGUUACGUCUGCUAUUCCUGCUCCAUCAGUGGAAGGAUACGCUGGAUUAUGGUGAAAACAGCAUGGAGAUUGCCAUCCGAUACGAAAAGAUGGUCAACGAGUUCUUCCUGAAUGUGAAGAAUUUACUGAGGACGACCCCAGGGACCGGGGUUGCAGCCUUCGAGAAGUGGAACCCCGAGGAUGUGGAGCUCAACAAAAAAUACCUACAGACAAAGGACGCUGUGCAUGAGGCUCUCUGUGAUAACGUCAACACAAGGACAGCUCUAGAAAGCUUGAGGGAGUUGAUCGGAGAGGCAAACAUCUACAUGGCCAAUGCCCGGGGUGCCAAUAGGACCCCCAACAGGAUGAUCCUCAAGAACAUCGCCAGCUACAUCACGUAUCUACUGAAGGUGUUUGGAGCUAUUGAAGUGGAGGAAGAGAUUGGAUUCCCGCAGUCUACAACACAGAAUGUUAAUAUUGAGGAAGCAGUGAUGCCUUUCCUGUCAGCCUUUGCACAGUUCAGAGAGGACGUCAGGACAAUAUCAAGGGAACAGAAAGCCACAGGAAUCUUGAAACUCUGUGACGAGUUGAGAGAUGAUGUUUUACCCAAUCUCGGGGUGCGACUUGAGGAUGGGAUCUCCCCUCCUACAAUCAAACUUGUCGACAGAGAUACUCUGCUGAAAGAACGGGAAGAAAAACUCAAGAAAGAGGAGUUGAAGAGACUUGAAAAAGAGAAGAAGAAACAGGAAAUGGAAGCAAAGUUAGCUCAGGAGAAAAUUCCACCGUGGGAGCUCUUCAAGAAAGAAACAGACAAAUAUUCUCAAUUUGAUGAUAAGGGAAUUCCCACACAUGAUGCAGAUGGAAAAGAAAUAUCCAAAGGACAGAUCAAGAAACUAACCAAGCUUUACGAGAAACAGGAAAAGAGUUACAACAAGCACAUGGGGAUAACCGGAAAGGAGGGUGGCUCGUAAUUGCCCUGCCCCCAAGCCCCACCCUUAUACUAGUGAAAGGACCUCAUUAUUUAUUUGUUUCUAAUCAAUCAGUGUAUACACUCAAUCUUUAUGUUUGUGUGUCAGAUUUCAUUGUGGUAUCCAUGUGUGAAACCAAAAACCAUGUACCGGUAUUAUUAUUAAGAUUAACUUCGGAAGUUGUUGCCCUCAAAGACCAAGUUUUAAUUGAAUGCUCUUAUGAAGAAUUUCAUUUGAGAACAAAAUGCUUUAGAAGGUGAUUAAUGUGUUAAAGUUUAUAUGUAGAUGAAAAAUUGAAGACAUAGUGAAAUUAAAAAAGAAUUGCAAGGAACAAUUACAGCAAUAUAUAUAAGCUGAUGCUGUAUAGUCAUUCUGAU